CACACAUUUCCAUCUCCCUCUCACCAAAAAUGGGAAACUUGAAACUACCAGCUGUUUUAUGCCCAUUUACUCUACUGUUCGAGGUCAUGUCCCUUCUCCCGGGACAUGACCUCGAAAAAAACAAAACAUAGUUCUGCAAUAUAAUUUGGUUGAAUGUAAAUCAUUGUGAUUGUGUAUGUCAUUAAUUGAAGGAGCUGGAUCAUUUUUCUUGACUAUAUUAGAUAGAAGGGAAGCAGGGGCAUUUAAGAGGAGGAGCAUUUAAGAGGAGUAGCAUAACAACGUAACCUCUCCGCUCUCUUUAAGUUUCAUUUUCUCUCCCUGAGCUUCAAGAAUGGCACACAAUAACGCCAUUCUACGGAACAAGACAAUCAUUCAAGAAAUUCUAUCCGCAGAUCCCCAAUUCAUACUCGACAAAGUGAUAGAGAAAAAACUGAUAACCGGCCGCGAAUACACAAAACUGAACUCCAUCAGUAAGGGGGACGCAGAGGAUCUCGUUAUCAAGCUCGUGGACACGCUCAACAACAAAGGAGUCCAAAGACAAUCAGAGUUCAUUGGUGUUCUACAGGAUGAGAUCGUCCUAGAAACGUAUCCCAGGCUUAAAGACGUGGAAUGGGGAGACAGUGGAUCUACCGCCUCAUCGAGCAGUUUAAAACGCUCCGCUGAGAGGAGUUUGAGUAAAGAAAGCCUGGCCGACGUGUUCAGCUGGCUUGGCUUCCAGGUGCUGAUGUGUAAGGACCAAACGGCGAGUGACAUGGCCCAGGUCACGAAGCUGCUGGCGGACCCGGAGGACCUGGCGGCGCUGCAGAAGUGCAAGCUGGAGGAGUGGUCCGGCGGCAGGUUCACCCCACUGAGGGGGCUCCCGCAGCACGGCGACGCCUUCGUCUGCUGCGUCCUGAGUCACGGUGCAGAGAAGGUGGUCUUGGGCGUCGACGGCAAGAAACGGCCCAUCAGCGACAUCACCUCGGCUUUCAAUGGAGAGCACUGCUCGGCUCUGCGUGGGAAGCCCAAGGUGUUCUUCAUCCAGGCCUGCCAGGGGCAUAGUCUCCAGCCAGGAUAUGUGGCAGAUGACCUAACUUUUGAGAUGCAAGAGCAGGACACCCCCCAGCUGGUCUUCAUCCCGGCGGAGGCUGAUUUCCUGGUUGCCAUGGCCACGGUUGAGAAGUACCAAGCAUACAGACACACAGUAAACGGCAGCUGGUUCAUCCAGUCUCUGUGUAAGCAGCUCAAGGCGGGAUGCCGCAGGGGUGAAGAUAUCAUGCAGAUCCUUUACCGCGUAAACGAUGACGUUAGCCAGAAAGAAAUCCCUGGAAUGUGUGAGCCAUCCGAGCUGCAGAAAUGUCUGUUUUCCGACUCGCUGGUGACGGUGUCAGAGGGAGGCAGAGACCUAGGCGAGUUCAGCCUAACGGUGGACUUUGCCAGCCGAGGCCCGCAGCCCUGUUUACUGUUGCGCGCCGUAAGCAGAGGAACCAUCGACGGCACCCCUUGCGGAACAAGAGUGACAGCCUACAUCUCUGCUGCCAUGGAGACGCUGGAAGAGGACCUCCAUGAAUAUGUCCAGCUGCCCGACCACAAGAUGGAGAGGAGGUGUCACAUGGUGCAGCGCGACGACAGGAUGAUGGUGGACAGGAUCACCACUGCAGGGGAGGAGGUGACGCGGCAGAGCGACAGCUACUGCCUGUCUGCUGUAAGAGGGCUGCUGAGCGAGGGCUCCAGCAUGCUGCUGAUGCGUGUGAUGGCACUGAGGAGGGCUGUGCCAGAGACCCUGACCCUCCCCUCCCUCCACCAGGGACCACAGCUCAGACAAACCACCUUCAGGUCACUAGGGCUGAAGCAUCUGGCGGUGGGGCCAGAGACAUUGGAGGUGUUUGGUGUGGAGCGGGCGGUCGAGGCUCCCGGGGAGGUCCCCGCUCUCUGGCGCUGCUUCUUCCUGGCCGAUGGGCACCUGGCCAGCAGGGAGCAGGUGGGGUCACCUGUUACCAUGAGGCUUCUGCAACUCCCCCCACAGCUUGAAAAGGAUGCAGAGAAUGACAAGCCAUCCUUUGGGAAGACACCUCUGGUCUGGGAGGAGGACAUGGAGAUGCAUUCCAUGUUCCUUGACAGAAAGGAGGAACUCAUGGCGGACCACGCCUCAUACCUUCGACAGCAUCCGGAGCUGCGACACCUGCUGGCUGACUUUCUGCAGUUCCUGUUGAUACGGAAACCGGACAACGUCGUACAUUUUGCGAAAGAGUACUUCCUCCCUUUCGGCUCACAGUGUAGUCCAGAAACCAAAUCAUAAUUUAGACCUCAUUCACUCCUGAGGAAAUAUACAGAAUCUGGGUGCUAGACUUGGUAGUGUCUUGUCAAUCCCGUAGUAUAAAAAAUAAUAAUUUUAGCAUCCCUUAUAUAUUUUGGAUUUCCUGUGCACUGUAGUUGUGUUUUAAUAAAGUUGAAUGUUUUGAA